AUGACGCAUCCCACACAGAUCGAAUCCGUCAGUCAGUGGAACACCACCCUCCGAGCCGCGAAGGAGAAGGGCCAGGCGAUCGUCGUCGACUUCUUCGCGACAUGGUGCGGGCCGUGCAAGGCCAUCGCGCCCUUCUACGAGCAGCUCGCGGCCCAGUUCCCGCACGGCGUCUUCCUCAAGGUCGACGUCGACAAGCUGGCCCCGAUCGCCGCCAAGUACAGCGUCACCGCGAUGCCCACCUUCGUCGUCAUCACCCAGGCCGGCGUCGCCGACUCCCUCCGCGGCGCGGACCAGCGCGCGCUGCACGCGAUGGUCGCGCGCCACGCCGCGGCGCCCGAGGAGGGCAACAAGGCGUUCGCGGCGGCGGACUACGAGGCCGCGGCGGACGCGUACUCGCGCGCGAUCGCGGCGGCGCCGCAGGCGGCGGUCCUGUACGGGAACAGGGCGUUCGCGUACAUCAAGCGGGCGCGCGCGGAGGGCGCGGUUGAGGACGCGAGGGCGGCGACGGUGCUGGACGAGAAGUGGGGGAAGGGGUGGGUGCGGAUGGCGGAGGCCGCGCUGCUUGCGGAGGAAGAAGAGGGGAUGAAGGCGAUGAACGCGGCGUUGGAAUCGCUGCAGAAAGCGGUCUCUGUGUCGGACGGGAAAGUGAAAGCAGAUGUCGACGUCCGGAUUUCAGAGGCUCAGAAGAUGCUCGAUACCCUCAAGGCCCGGUCAACGUCCCCAUAA